AUGGAGCUUUCCUUUGUCACGCUCGAUGUCUUCACAAAGACUCGUUACCGAGGCAAUCCCCUCGCUGUCGUUACGAUUCCCGCAGAUAGCAAUAGUCCUAAGCCUACGCAGGAGCAGAAGCAGACCAUUGCUCGCGAAUUCAAUCUCUCCGAGACGGUCUUUAUCCACGAGAUCAGCCCCGAUGCCGAUAGUGAUGUCACUCAUCGAGUGAUCGACAUCUUCACAACCGACACCGAGAUCCCGUUUGCUGGACAUCCCACUAUAGGCGCCGCUGUCACCCUUAUCCCCAAGGGCGUUGAUAUGGUCGUAACAAAAGCAGGCCCAAUUGCCCUCACCCAGACCCGUCCUGGGUAUAUCCAAGCUGCCAUCCCGCACAACGUCCGCUGUCACAGUAAGACCUUGGCCGAUCUAUCAGCACCAGCGCCUGGCCAAAUAUCCCCGGACCCUGCGAUACGCGAUUGUGAACUUCGUGCACCCCUGUUCAGUAUCGUCAAUGGUAUGACGUUUGCGCUCAUCGAGCUCCCGGAUCUUGACCAUCUCGGAAGGGCUCGAAUAAGCGGCGUAUCCCUGCCUGUAAAUGACCUACUUGACGACGAUUGGAGAAACGGCCUCCUCUGUAAAUAUUACUAUGUGGUCAACGACCGACGCGAGGAAGAUGGCGUGACAGUAUACUCUAUUCGGUCGAGGAUGAUGGAAGGUGCCUUGGAGGACCCAGCUACGGGCAGUGCUGCCAGCGCGCUUUCAAGCCAUCUUUCGCUUCAGCAGACUAGCAUUGGUGAUCACGACUUCCGGUACGAAAUCGACCAGGGUAUUGAGAUGGGCAGGGAGAGUAACAUCGUGGUUGAUGUGGGCGUGAAAGGGUCAAAGAUUGCCACGGUCAAGCUCUCAGGGACAGCUACGCCAGUGAUGCGCGGUUAUGUCAGUGUCUAG